CAGUACAAAGUACCGUACAGUAACUACGGUAGCCAGGAAACUCCAUACAAUCUGCCCACUUUACUUUACUUACUUUGUCCGCCCACCAUACCUACCUACCGCAAUAAACCACAGCCCCAAUCCAAACAAUUUACAAACGGAACGAAUCGAAUCAACUCCCGCAGUACGGUAUAUAAAUAUCAAGAAGUGGGUCCCGGGAGUAUAUACUUAUUAACUAACCAACCAACUUACCCUUACAACACAGUACAGUACAAUACAGCGCGAGCAAACUGUUGGGGUGCGGUAGCGAUCUCUUCACUGACUGGCUGGUAGGUAGGUAGGUAGGUAGGUAGGUGCUUUAGGUAGGCAGGUAUGAAUAUAAUGGAUCAGCGUUUGGACGAGAGAGGACUCGGUCCGCCGUUUUACAAUAUCAUACC